AUGUCUGAACCAGCAUCCGCCAACAUCACCUCACGGUUCGCCAAGCUGAACCCAUUCUCCAAGUCAAAGGGGAAAGUUGAUGAUGAGGAUAUCGGAGAAGAGGUCGAUUCCUCUACUGUUGCAGGUGGAGGCCAUAGUGCUCGGGAGAGCGAUGUGACCAAAAGUCAACUCAAAGUGAGUAAGGCAGUCCGGUCGUUCCUGGUCGACGAGAGAGUUCUUUCAAAAGAUGAGGCUGGACUGGAUGACUCCGACCAUCUCAGUCAUGGGUUGAAAGCCUUACUCGACAAGCCACAUAUCAAUGUCCCGAGAGAAGUCACGGAUAGAUCCCAUCCACUGCCUGAUUACUUCAUCAGUUCAAGCCACAACACCUACCUCAUGGCUCAUCAACUGUUCGGUACUUCGUCUGCGGGUGCCUACGAAACUGCACUUAUUGCUGGAGCUCGCUGCGUGGAAAUCGAUGCAUGGGACGGGGACCAGAACAAGGAUGAACCCAAGGUGACCCAUGGAUACACGCUCGUAUCCAACAUCCCGUUCCGGGCCGUUUGCGAAACCAUUCGAGAUGUUGUCGACAAAGAGGCCGCGUCCGCAGUAAAUGCUCAAGGAUAUCGGGCAGCCCCCAUCCUACUCUCCCUUGAGAAUCAUUGCGAUGCACAUGGCCAACUUCGUCUCGUUCAGAUCAUGAAGGAAGUGUGGGGCGACAGACUUCUCAGUUCUGCAAUUCGCCAGAAGGGCCACGAAGAACAGCAGGGUACUGGUGCACACGUUCGCUUGGACGAACUAGGUUCCAAGAUUGCUGUCAUUGUUGAGUAUCACCUACCGGAUGAGCCAGAUGACAGCAGCGACUCCAGCUCUGAUUCAGAAGACGAAUCCGACAAAGCUGCUCGAAAAGACUAUAAAGAUAAGAAGAAGGCUGCCCCUUCGAUCAUUAUUCCCGAGCUUGCCGAGUUGGGUGUCUAUGCUCAAUCAGUGAAGCCCGCAGACAACUCUUGGUAUGAUAAAGUCGAAAUGAACAACAGUCCUCACCAUCCAUUGAUCAACCUUUCCGAAUCCGGCCUACUGUCGCAUAUGCCAACCCACAGUCAAAAAAUCGCCAUCAACAACUCACAGCACCUGAUGCGUGUCUAUCCUAAAGGAACUCGUAUUUCUUCAAAGAAUUUGAAGCCAUUGCCAUUCUGGGGAGUUGGCGCUCAAAUCUGUGCCCUGAACUGGCAGACGUUCGGUGCGAGCAUGCAACUCAAUGAAGCCUUGUUCAGUGGGACUGAUGGAUUCGUCCUGAAACCUGCAGCACUUCGCACAGGCGGCGACGGCAAGUUGAACAAAGGUCGAAAGAGACGGCUACGACUCUACGUGGGAGGCGCAACGGACGUCCCACUACCAGCAGAAAGCCAACCAGAUGACAUCAAACCCUAUGUGACCUGUACGCUUGUGCACCCAGAUGACCUCGAAGACAAUCCACAGAAGCGAAAGACAUCUGGCUACAAGCAGCACAAACUCGGUCUUCUUCACAAGGGCGAGAAUCCACCACCAACGGACCCCAUCUGGAAUGAGAAGCUUGAGUGGGACUAUGAAGAUAACGAUCUGGCGUUUCUCCGCAUAAUCUUGAAGAGCGAUGAUAGCUUUGCGAGGAAUCCGAUGCUUGCUGUGUCGGCGGUGCGUCUCUUGUAUGUGGCGUCUGGUUGGAGUUUUAUUCGACUACUGGAUCUUAAGGGGAGAGAAACGAAAUGCACUCUGCUUGUCAAGUUUGAGUUUGAGGAUAUCUGA